UUGCGGCGCGGGAUCCGCUUAGAUAAGAUGUCAAGUCUUGGCACUCCACACUGAGGAAAGAAUCAAAUGGGCGCGACUAGCAAGUUUGACCACCGACCACGACACGACACCCUUCCUUGAGCUUUAAGGAUCAGUCUGCACCCAAGUGCUUAAAUCGAUUGAUUCUCUAGUUCUCCCACCACAUUCAACAACAACACUUUCAAAAUGAAGCACCUGGCAGCAUACCUCCUCCUCGGCCUCGGCGGCAACGAGUCUCCUUCCGCCGCAGACAUCAAGAGCGUUCUCAGCGCUGUCGGCGUUGAGGCUGACGAUGAGCGCCUCAACAAGCUCAUCUCUGAGCUCGAGGGCAAGGACAUCAACGAGCUGAUCGCCGAGGGUUCGCAAAAGCUCGCAUCCGUCCCAUCUGGUGGUGCCGCCGCUGGUGGUGCUGCUCCAGCUGCUGGCGGUGCUGCUGGCGGUGCUGCCGAAGCUGCCCCAGAGGCUGCCAAGGAGGAGGAGAAGGAGGAGUCCGACGACGACAUGGGAUUCGGUCUCUUCGACUAAGCGUCUCGCUCACCUGGCUGUUGUGGAGGGAAAAGUGCAAGAAACGGUGUGGAAACAUCUGUCCGAAAGUUUGGAACGAUUCAUGGCUCCGAGUGCAUGCGCUGCGGCCAUGUCUACACUCUCACGUCACGCUAUAGCAUGAUGCAUAGCGCGAAAAUGAAUGUGCCUGGCCAGGUCCACAUGAUUACCGUGCCUGUCGUAGCGCUGAGCUGCCAUGAUGAACGACGCCCUUUUCGCUUUGCCCCAAAAAGUUAUUUGUUUC